GAGAAGCAGGAGAGAGAGAAAGAGUGAGUGAGAGAGUGAUAGGUAAGGGGGUGAAGCAGCAGCGAGGCCGGUGCUGCAGGAAGCGGUGUCCGCAGUGCUCUGUGCGCGUCUCCGGGAGGGGGGAGGGAUGACGUCAACGCUCGGCUCGGUGCGGUUGCGGGUCCCGGCAGCCAGUUCGGACCCACACGGCUGCGUACAGGGGUGAUCCGGGCUGAUCAGGGGCAUGCCAUCGAUAAACAUGAAGCUGGAGAUGCUGACGCUCAUCGCCUGCGAGGUGGACGCCGAGGUCUUCACGUCCCCGAAGAUGCAGGAAGGCGGAUGGACGUUUGCAUGGCUCAGGCAGCCCCAGAAAGAGGAGAUUAUCUGCGGCAAGACACUCUUCUGAUUGCACUGAUCUCAGAGCUCUCUCCCGGUCCGCUGCGUGGUCCUGGCGUGUGGGAAGUAACUGGGGAUGAAGGUGAAGAUGAUGGAGCGGUUCGAGGCACUCUUCAGGAUGUACGACGAGCAGAUAUCCUUCCAGAUGUUCCAGAGCUUCUGCCGGGUCCGCAUCAGCUUCAGCGGCCCGGAGGCAGCAGCCCGCGCACGCAUGGAGCUCCACGAGUCUGAGUUCAAUGGCAAGAAGCUGAAGCUGUACUUUGCCCAGGUGCAGAACUCGGGCGAGGACAUUGACAAAGCCUAUUUGGCUCCUCCCCAGCCUGUGAAGCAGUUCCUCAUCUCGCCCCCCGCAUCUCCGCCCGUUGGAUGGAGCCAGAGUGAGGACGCCACGCCCGUCAUCAACUAUGACCUGCUGUGCGCUGUGGCCAAGCUGGGCCCAGGUGAGAAAUACGAGCUGUGUGCGGGUACGGAGUCGACGCCCAGUGUGGUGGUACACGUCUGUGAGAGUGAGACAGAGGACGAGGAAGUGACCCGCCCCAAGCAGAAGAUCGUCCAGACCCGUCGUCCUGACGGGCCCUCCACGGUCCUCAACUAAGUCCCCCAGCCGCCAUGGCAACAGCCUCCAACCCCGUCCUCUCUCGUCCUGAAAAAGAUGGCCACUAUUUCAGAUUUCAAAAAGAACUUUUAAAAUCACGUAAAACAGAGGAGACACAGCUGACGGUGCUGGGCUAGCGGGCUGACAGGCUGCUGUGGCCUGUGCAGGUGGUGGCAGCACACCCCUGUAUGGACCACCAGGGGGCAGCACACCCCUGUAUGGACCACCAGGGGGCAGCNGGCAGCACACCCCUGUAUGGACCACCAGGGGGCAGCACACCCCUGUAUGGACCACCAGGGGGCAGCGAUGCCCCUACUGAGAAUGCCGCAUCUGUAUCAUUUCAAGCGUUGCAGCUCCUGCUUGCUUUUUAUUUUUCAGAAUGAAUUGUUUUUGUAUUAUUAUUAUUGUUGUUAUUACUGCUGUUUCACUGGAAGAUGUUUCAUACUGAUGUUUUUUUGCCUCGCUUAGUAACAUUUUAGCUGACUUGUUGGGAUGCAGGAGACCUCUCUGACAGACAGACAGACAGACAGACAGACAGACAGACAGACAGACAGAGACAUGCACAUGGACACACACACAGUAACUGAGUGUAAAUACACAGGCUGCACUGUUGGGAUGCAGGAGACCUCUCUCACAGAGAGACAGACGGACAGACACACACACACACAGUAACUGAGUGUAAAUACACAGGCUGCACUGUUGGGAUGCAAGAGGCCUCUCUCACAGAGAGACACACACACACACACACAGUAACUGAGUGUAAAUACACAGGCUGCACUGUUGGGAUGCAGGAGACCUCCCUCACAGACAGACACACACACACACACAGUAACUGAGUGUAAAUACACAGGCUGCACUGUUGCUGUGUUGCUCAGUGUAUGCCAUUGGAUUCUUUGUUUUCUUUCUGUUUGUCUUGAGGGUCUGUUUCCUAAACGAAAUGUACAUUCUCUAUAUGUGUUUCAUAUCAGAGAGUGCAUCUGCGUCAGGAGCUGAGCUGAGCAGCGUGAAUCAUGAUGGACACUUCAGACACACGUGUGAGUCCCCGGGGCAGGUGACAGGCUCAGAGUCCUGGGUGCGAGUGAUGGUGGCGUCUGGCCGGACAGGGUCCUUGACUCGGAUGGCAUCCCUACACUGGGAGCGUUCAGGAAUGCUUCGGACUGAUGUUAUGGCAGAAAUAUGCCAUCCAGGUGAAGCUGGAAUUCUGGCGCGGAAAAUGAGAGGGGGACGGGGGAGAGGCAGGGGUGGGUCAGGAGGAGGGCAGAGUCUGCUUUCUACAGCAAAUGCAUCCCCAAACCUGCCUCUAUCGCUGCGCUUUGCACCUAGAGCAUGACGUCAUUGUCUCUGCACCGAUUGGGCCUUUCCCUCCCAUAAUUCCUUUCUCCCCUGUAAACAGUGUUUAACCCUUUGCCUCCCAAAAGCAGCUGCUAGGUGAGGUUUUGUUGACGAUGGCACGGCGUUUCCCCCCUCCUCUCUUUUAUCUCUGCUGCUUUCUUGCAUCUUGUGAUUCUGUGAACCUUCCCCUCAUGGAGCAUUUUGCCCAAAGACAACAUGUGUAAAUAUAUUACAGGAUUUGCAUCAUUUAGAAAUUGCCAAAAAAACCAAAAAAAAAAAAAAAACAGUUUUAAAAUGUGGGAUGGGAGCAUGAAAAAAAUGAAAGCCACACCUGCUGAGAACCCACUGAGAGGUCUUCAACAGUACUGCUGCAGGUCUGCUUCGCUUCAUCAGUCUGUGGCAUGGCGCCACCUGCAGCAUCGGGGUCGCGUGUGCGGGUCGUGUGUUUGGAAGCGCGCAGGGAUUACUCGUGGCCGUAGGGAGCCGGGGGUUCCCAGCCUGUCACAGGGCAGACGGGGGUGGGGGGACAGAGUGGAAGGGGGUUCUGAGCGACACCAUCACCUCUAAGGCUGGAUGCUGCUUUCAGACGUGAGCUUGUUCAUCUCAACUGGAGUCAGGCUGAAAAUGGGCUCAGUCUGAAUGAUCUCAGUACUGUCACUGUAUUGUUUGUUGAAAUACAAAUAUCGUCUUGUAAUGUAGUCGUUCUGAGAAAAAAGUAGCACUUCAGCAAUAAUUUCCAGUUAUCUGUAUUUCAUGUGUGUACUGAUUUCUGUAGAUGUUUUCUGUAAUUACUUGCUUAUAUUUGUGUAGAAGUAUAAAGAUCAUUUGUCUCAUAUAGAAAUAUAUAAAGUAUUCUUAAAUGUU